CGCUGCUUCCUCCAGGCCCUCAGCCCAUCCCUGGAGGCGGCUCCUUGGCCAGACUGCCUGGAGGGCCUACUCUGCCAGGGAAGUCGGGGUCAGUGUCAGAGGAGCUGAAGAGACACCAAAGGGGGUGCCUGGGGAGCAGAGUGCCUGGAUCCCUGGGCAGCCGCCUCCCAGCUUGGGGGUGGGUACAGCCGAGGCCCGCGUGACAUUGUGGCUGACAUUCCUCAGCGGCCACGUGGCCCCAACUGGCAGGGACAGCUGCAGACAGGGGCCGGACCAGCUUUGUUCCCAGGGUGGCGCCCGCUCUCCAUCCAGGCCCUGCUCGGCUCCUGCCUGGUGCGGCUCUCCUUCCUGGGGCUCCGUGGGCAACUGGCACUGGGGUCCCUGCCAUGAACGCCUAGAAGCCCAGAGCCACCAGGGUCUCUCUGUCCUCCUGUGGCCCAGGGCUCUGGAAGGAUGGGGCAGGACCAGACGAAGCAGCAGAUUGAGAAGGGGCUCCAGCUGUACCAGUCUAACCAGACAGAGAAGGCACUGCACGUGUGGAUGAAGGUGCUGGAGAAGAGCGCGGACCUUGUGGGGCGUUUCCGCGUGCUGGGCUGCCUGGUCACAGCACACUCGGAGAUGGGCCGCUACAAGGAGAUGCUGAAGGGAGGAGGCCCCGGUGUGAAGCUCGGAGGCCGGGCUGACCGCCCCACCCCCACCCGCGGGCAGUUCGCUGUGGUGCAGAUCGACACCGCGCGGGAGCUGGAGGAUGCUGACUUCCUUCUGGAGAGCUACCUGAACCUGGCACGCAGCAACGAGAAGCUCUGUGAGUUCCACAAGACCAUCUCCUACUGCAAGACCUGCCUCGGCCUGCCGGGCACCAGGGCCGGCGCCCAGCUCGGCGGCCAGGUCAGCCUGAGCAUGGGCAAUGCCUUCCUGGGCCUCAGCCUCUUCCAGAAGGCCCUGGAGAGCUUCGAGAAGGCCCUGCGCUAUGCCCACAACAAUGACGAUGCCAUGCUCGAGUGUCGCGUCUGCUGCAGCCUGGGCAGCUUCUACGCCCAGGUCAAGGACUACGAGAAAGCCCUGUUCUUCCCCUGCAAGGCCGCAGAGCUCGUUAGCGACUACGGCAAAGGCUGGAGCCUCAAGUACCGGGCCAUGAGCCAGUACCACAUGGCCGUGGCCUACCGCCUGCUGGGCCACCUGGGCAGCGCCAUGGAGUGUUGUGAGGAAUCUAUGAAGAUUGCUCUACAGCACGGGGACCGGCCGCUACAGGCGCUCUGCCUACUCUGCUUUGCUGACAUCCACCGGAGCCGCGGGGACCUGGAGACAGCCUUCCCCAGGUACGACUCCGCCAUGAGCAUCAUGACUGAGAUUGGAAACCGCCUGGGACAGGUGCAGGUGCUGCUGGGCGUGGCCAAAUGCUGGAUAGCCAGGAAGGCGCUGGACAAGGCUCUGGAUGCCAUCGAGAAAGCCCAGGACCUGGCCGAGGAAGUGGGGAACAAGCUGAGCCAGCUCAAGCUGCACUGCCUGAGCGAGAGCAUCUGCCGCAGCAAGGGGCUGCAGCGCGAGCUGCGGGCACACGUGGUGCGCUUCCAUGAGUGCGUGGAGGAGACCGAGCUCUACUGCGGCCUGUGCGGUGAGUCCAUCGGUGAGAGGAAUAGCCGGCUGCAGGCCCUGCCGUGUUCCCACAUCUUCCACCUCAGGUGCCUGCAGAACAACGGGACACGGAGCUGCCCCAACUGCCGCCGCUCCUCCAUGAAGCCUGGCUUUGUGUGAGUCCCACCAGCAGCCUUGGGCUUCUGCCUCAUCUCUCCCUGCUCCUUGUCCAUCAUCCUGCUGGAGGGCCCUGACUGGUCACACCUUAGACCCUGUUUAGCCCUGGGCAGCGGCCUCCUCCAACCUGCCAGGGUCCAGGGCCUGCCCACUGUUGCGCCUCCAGGCUCGGCUGCCCUCUCUGCCUCUUUGUACUUUGCUCUUUAUAGAAAAAUAAACUGUUUGU